UCAAACGGCGCCAUGUGGCUUUAAAAGGUUGAGCUGCGGACUGAGUCUGUUUUCCUUGGCGCUACCUUUACGUGUCACCAUCACCAACACGGAGCAGAGGCAGCCCGCCCUGGCCGCUACUAGCAUCCUGCAUCAUGGAGGCAGCCGUAUCGCCGAAGGGGUGGAAAUGUGUCCCACAGGGCCGCUCGGUGCUCCCGGCUCUGGCCGUCGUGCUGAUCCAGGCGGCUUGGGUGAGCGCGGAGGACGGAGGCGGCGGCGGCGGUAUGGAGGAACUCGCGACGGAGAAGGAGGCUGAGGAGAGUCACCGUCAGGACAGCGUCAGUUUACUCACAUUUAUCCUGCUGCUGACGCUCACCAUUUUAACAAUAUGGCUCUUCAAGCACAGGAGAGUCCGUUUCCUCCACGAAACUGGCCUGGCGAUGAUAUACGGUUUGUUGGUAGGUGUGAUCCUGCGGUAUGGUAUCCCCUCCACCAGUUACCACAAUAAAACACCCCCCAGCUGCUCUCUGAAAGAGGGUCCGGUCAGCACCCUGCUGCUCAAUGUCAGUGGCAAAUUCUUUGAGUACACACUGAAGGGUGAGAUCAACUCCCGCGAGAUACACAAUGUGGAGCAGAACGACAUGCUUCGUAAGGUCACCUUUGACCCAGAGGUGUUCUUCAACAUCUUGCUACCUCCCAUCAUUUUCCAUGCUGGAUACAGCCUUAAAAAGAGGCACUUCUUCAGAAACCUGGGCUCCAUUAUAACAUACGCUUUCCUGGGCACAGCCAUCUCCUGCUUUGUCAUUGGAAACAUGAUGUAUGGAGUGGUGAAGCUGAUGCAGGUGGUUGGGCAGCUCACUGAUAAGUUCUACUACACAGACUGCCUCUUUUUUGGAGCCAUCAUUUCAGCCACAGAUCCAGUCACUGUACUGGCCAUCUUCAACGAGCUCCAUGCUGAUGUGGAUCUCUAUGCCCUGCUGUUUGGAGAAAGUGUAAUGAACGACGCUGUGGCCAUUGUCCUCUCGUCGUCUAUUGUGGCCUAUCAGCCCGCUGGAGUAAACACUCAUACAUUUGAUGCCUCCGCCUUCUUUAAAUCAGUUGGCAUUUUUCUGGGGAUCUUCAGUGGAUCUUUUGCUAUGGGUGCAGUCACUGGAGUUGUCACUGCCCUCGUCACUAAAUUCACCAAGCUGCACUGUUUCCCUCUGCUGGAGACGGCACUGUUCUUCCUCAUGUCCUGGAGCACCUUCCUACUGGCAGAAGCUUGUGGCUUCACAGGUGUUGUAGCAGUGCUGUUCUGUGGGAUCACUCAGGCUCACUACACAUACAACAAUCUCUCUGAGGAGUCUACCAAACGAACCAAACAGCUGUUUGAGGUGCUGCACUUCCUGGCAGAGAACUUCAUCUUCUCCUACAUGGGGCUGGCUCUUUUCACCUUCCAGAACCACGUCUUCAGUCCCAUCUUUAUCGUCGGAGCAUUCAUUGCCAUCUUUAUCGGCCGAGCAUCUAACAUCUACCCCUUGUCCUUCCUGCUUAACUUGGGGCGCAGACACAAAAUUGGCGGAAACUUCCAGCACAUGAUGAUGUUUGCAGGGCUACGAGGGGCGAUGGCGUUCGCACUGGCAAUCCGUGAUACAGCGACCUAUGCACGCCAGAUGAUGUUCACCACCACGCUGCUCAUCGUGUUCUUCACUGUAUGGGUGUUUGGCGGAGGCACUACGCCCAUGCUGUCAUGGCUGCAUAUCAGAGUUGGAGUGGACCCUGAUCAGGACCUUCAGCCAUGUGGAGAUAGCUUCCAGGUCCUUCAAGGAGAUGGAAUUCAGCAGGAGGGCCAGAGUAAGACCAAGCAAGAAAGCGCUUGGCUGUUUAGACUGUGGUACACUUUUGACCACAAUUACCUGAAGCCCAUCCUGACCCACAGUGGUCCUCCACUCACCACCACCUUACCAGCCUGCUGUGGCCCCCUGGCCCACUGCCUCACCAGCCCUCAGGCCUACGAGAACAGCGAGCAGCUGAGAGAUGCUGAUUCGGACCUCAUCCUGACGGAUGGUGACCUGACACUGACCUACGGCGACACGGCCAUCACAGCCAAUGGAGCCUCUUCCAGCUCGGGCCCCAAGGGCCUCAACAGCAAACGCAACGGCAGCACGUCCGAGGAGGCACUGGAGCGAGAGCUGGACACAAGAGAGCAGGAGCUUCUGAGCCGGGGAACGAGGCUGGUUUUCCCCAUAGAAGACCACGCCUGAGUACAAAUAACCACUACUGCCCGCUCCCGCCGCCCCUCCACCCUGGCUGCUCUCUGACCGCACCCUCCACCCCACUGACGUUUCACUUCAUCUUACUGAACCCCCUUCCAAAGACAUUAACGCAAGGGGUGGGAAACCUUAGAUGAAGGAAGACAAAGAUGGAGAGAUGGAGGGUUUGAGAGGUGGAUGGAGAAAAUAGGGCUUUUUCCAUCCUCAUUUGUUUACUGGACAUUUACUAGAGGUGCCGUAGAGGUCUGGACCACAUCUGGUGACCCCCAGGCUCACGGACUGGCCAUAAAUAUAUACUGUGAUAUUUUGUUCCACUGUUUCUCUUUAUUUGUGUUGAGAGAAUAGGAAAGCUCUUUGUGGAAAGCAGCAUUCUUGGAGCGGUUAUGUGGGUAUGUGAUGGUUAGGUUGGUUUCAGAUGUUGGAACAACAGCUGCUGUGGUUUUAUUAGUGUGUCAAUCAUCAUCCACACCAAAUGGCAAUGCUGUUUGAAACCUGAACGCUGAGUACAGACAGGAGAUCUGCCUGACAAACAAAUGUAUCUUUUUCAUUCUCUCACACCAUCACAUACUUACUUGAAGCAAAGCCAUUCCAUCAGUGACAGUAUUUACUCAGCAUAAGCUCCUCUCCAAAGCCCACAGUGUAACCAUGAUGCAUCAUUUGCAUCCAUAUUCUUUAUUAUUCAUGUACGUGCCUCCAGCUGGCAGUGUCGUGAGCUCUUAUAGACAGACUGCCCUCCCCACUUCCUUUGUACAAAUCUGCAGGUACAGUCACUUUGUUUGAAAACCAGUGUCCUGCCCUGCUUUACAUACUUUGCUUCCGUAUUCUGAAAAAGGUGGUUGAAUUGCAAUGGAUGUCCUGUAUCAUAUUGUUUCCAUAACCUAAAGGUGACGUCUGAUGGUUAGUCACCCAGCACUCUCAGUAGGUUGUGGUUGCAGUCAUUUAAAUGUGACUGAAGCUCACAGCUGUGUUUGUGUUUUGUGGCACGCUGUGACUUUAGCUUAUUGGCCAUCAUCCAAGUGCUGCCUCACAUUACUUUCCCAAAGACGGCACCCCUGUCUCAUUGCUCCAGUGCGAUGACUCGAAGGUUUUCACAAUGCAUUGCUGUGUGCAGUUCUCUUCAACCAGCCAUUGUAAAUAUGAUCAGUGCAACAUAGCCUGUGACUGCAUUGUCCUUCUCAGUAGAGCUGGCCAUCUGGGAUGGAUCUACACAGCUGUGCAGAGCAAGAGAGGGCAAGCUGAGCACUUUAGAGGCAGUGGAGCUGGGGCAUUCAAGCUGCGUAAACCCAGUUGCUGCUUAUCAUAGCUGCGAAAACACCACAAACAGCUGGAACUGGACUCAUGCCAAUGCAGAAGUUGGAACUGAAUGAUUUAGAUUGUUCUUGUUUGGAAUGUAAGGAAUUCUUAUUGGGACAAUUUGCAUUACAUGCGAGUAGCACAAUAAGAAGGCCUCAUAAGAAAAAAAAGAAAAGUGACUAAAUGCUGCAUUUGUUCAGCAGAAAUGUGAAGCUUACAAAUGUGACUAAAUGGUUUGUGGGUGGCAGUGUAGUUUGUCAAAGCCUCAGCCCACUCUGUACACCACCUUUACACCUACAAAGACUCCCACCAUUCUGUGUAUUGUUCUGGCAGUAUCUGGUAUAACAGGCUUUGAAGGCAAGAUUACAGUCAAUUGUAGAGACAUGCUCAGUUUGAUGACUAAUCUAAACACAUUAACCAAUUGCUUCAAAGAACAUUUGAAACAGUGCAACUUUCACUUCAAUGCUAGAAGCACCAAACGGCAUUUACCUUCGGUUUAUCCUUAGUAUAAGCUUAUAUUGCUUAUGCUUAAGGCUAUUUUGACUGGAUACUGAUUUGACUUACAUUUGUUUCGGGUCCCCUCAAAAUCAUUAUUUUUUUUAAUCCCAUACUUGUUUUAAUUUAACACUUGCUUCAGCAAAAAAAAAGAACUUAAAAGUCUCUAACCUUUGGCUGGCCUUACUUUAUCACAAGACUAUCACAGACCUGAGAGCAAACUGUGAAAACCACCAUGUGUUAGUUGUGUGAACUGCUGACAAGCAUUUUUAAGUUGCUGUUUGACCACAGUGGCUGGCAAAUAUAGUUAAAAAAUAUCAACAGGUCUAGCAUCACAUAUUAGAAUCCUAAUCCUGUCUCAGCAAUGAAACACUAGAGUGGGGUUGGAAGGGUGGGCAUGGAUAAUUGCACUUUGUUAUCAGUGAUUCAGCUAGUAAACUUCCUGAGGUGGAAUGAGUCAGUCCCAGUCUGAAGAAAAUGUUGUAAUGUUGAUCUGUACCCAACUGUGGCUAAACAGACUUUCUGGGACUAUAUUCAGCUGCUUUUGGGGCUGUGUGAUUUCACACCUGCUCUAAACAGACUCUUGCGUGUUACAGCUGGUUUUCUUAACCACAGUAUGAUGAAUUUGUACAUAUGUCUAGGUUAUGCUUAUGCUCUCCCGUAGCCAUCAUCUCCUACCUGCUAUGUUCUGCAUGUAAAAGCAGGAUGCCAUUUUGACUGUGUGAAAUACCUAUAUACCAAGAUGUCCUGUAUUGCUCUGACAGCAUCCCUUAUUAAUAUUCUAGAAUUAAAAAUGCACUCAGCCUGUCUGACAAUAUGUGACAAAACUGUGGUAUGCAUUGUAGUAUAAUUGUGCAUUUACAAAAUAUAUAUUCUAUGUCUUGAACUGGUUUACAGUAGCAAUAUUCUACAAAUGAGGGAUCUGCUUUAUUUUAUGUUAUCAAAUAAAAACAGUGACCGUGUUUACUACAAAA